ACUUGGCUAAUCUCCCAUGAACUCGUGAUAGAAAACCUGUAUGAUCACAUUACGAAGUCAUCCAGUUGAAUCAAUUUUCAUCAAUUUAUUAUUAUUUUACAGUUAAGUUCUGUUCUGUUCUGCCUGUCCAGAAGUCGUUGUAGGGAUCCCACUGAUUGGAGCAUAGCGAGAAAAGCAAACCAGAAACAGAAAGAGAAACAGAACUUCUGAGUAGUUCGUUAUGGGAGAAAGUGAAACCGAAGUUGAUAAAGGCUUCUUUCCAUUUCCAACAAAAAACGAUAAAGAGAAGUAAGAGAUGAAGCUGGAGACCCUGAAAAGAAAAACAUGUAUUUUCUCAAGAGAUGGGCUUCGGAUCUCGAUUGGCGUCUUCUCCUUCUCCUUCUAAUUCCUUUCUCCUUCUUCUUCUUUCUCUCUCUUUCCCCCUCCGUCGCCAACCCCUACAGCCUUUUCUCCUCCUCUUCAACUCCUCCAAAAUCCACUCUCUUCUCUCAUCGAAUUCCUCAUCGGUCGCCUCCGAUGAAGGCGGCGGAUUUGAACCGAUCGAGAAUCGCAAUAUGUCUGGUGGGCGGAGCGAGGAGGUUCGAGCUCACGGGGCCGUCGAUCGUGGAGAAGGUUCUGAAGGUGUGCAAGAACUCAGAUCUUUUCUUGCAUAGUCCCUUGGAUAGGGACGCCUUCAAGUUCUCGCUAUUGAAGGUAGCUCCAAGCCUCGCUUCGGUUCGGAUCUUCAAACCCACGCCCUUGCCCGAGACCCUGGAACAGAUCCGAGUCCUCACCGCCCGCAACUCCCCCAACGGCAUUCAGGACCAACAGACGAAGAUGACUUUUGCUAUGGGCAAAAGACAUGGUGGUCACUACUUUUUGGACCCAUCUCUUCCUAUGGCUUCUGCAACACCUCUUGAUUCACAUUUUGGUCUUUGGCACUGGUGCGUCGAUCAUCCUGCUUUUUCCAUUUUUCCUAAAUUACAAACUUUAGAUAAUGCUCUCUCUUUCUCUAAUAAAGGCAUUUGCACU